UCAAUGACAAUAAAAUCUGGGCCUUAUAGUAGUUGAUUUUUCAAAAAAAAUACUCUAGAAAAAAAUAAAUUCAAGAAACAGAAUUAAGUGAAUACAAUAUGCUGUAAGGCAUUGUGCGUCUUUUUUAGGGUCUGUAGAAAUAAACAAUUAUGGAUUGGAGACCAUUUCUUUAUGGAGGCUUGGCGUCAAUGACAGCAGAAGCAGCAACAUUCCCCAUUGAUACAACAAAAACAAGACUUCAACUGCAAGGUCAGCAUAUUGAUGUUACCAAUAAAGAAAUAAGAUACAAGGGAAUGUUUAGUGCCUUUGUGAGGAUAUCAAAGGAAGAAGGUGCAAGAGCACUGUACAAUGGAGUUGCACCAGCUUUACUACGUCAGGCAACAUAUGGUACAAUAAAAAUUGGCAUGUAUCAUGGGAUUAAAAGAAUCAUUGUCAAAGAUCCUAAAGAUGAAAAAUUUUAUUAUAAUAUAAUAAGUGGCAUUGUUGCUGGUGCAGUUGCUGCUGCUCUUUGUACUCCUACGGAUUUGUUAAAAGUUCGUAUGCAAGCGCAAAGUCAAGGUGUGGCACCAGCAAAAGGAAUGUUUUCAUCAUUUGCUGCAAUAUUUCGAGAGGAGGGUUUUUCGGGUCUAUACAGGGGUGUUGUUCCAAAUGCACAACGUGCUGCUGUAGUUGCUGGUGUUGAAUUAGCUGUUUAUGAUUGGUGCAAGAAGAAAAUUUUAGAUAAUGAACUUAUGGAGGACAAUGUUUAUACCCACUUUCUAUCCAGUUUUACUGCAGGCUUUGCAGGAGCUGUAGCUUCAAAUCCAAUUGAUGUUGUCAAGACAAGGUUAAUGAAUCAACGGAAACUUAAACACAAUGAAGGUGGAGCAAAGAUUUAUAGGAAUUCUUUAGAUUGCAUUCUAACGACAAUACGGACAGAAAGAUUUUUCGCAUUGUAUCGUGGUUUUAUUCCGAAUUUUGUUCGCCUUUGUCCAUGGAAUAUUGUUUUCUUUAUGUCAUUCGAGCAAUAUAAGAAAUUUGGUGAUAAUGUUUUAUGAUUGUGAAUGGUAAAUUUGUAGGGUUUGAAAAUUACUUUU